CACUGUUGAAAUCCAGAGCUGUUAGAAAAAUGGUACAUUAUUAUUAUGUAGUGUAGUUACAGUAUCAGAGAACAGCUGAAUAUAGAAUUGUAAAUAAUAUUUACAGCACUGUUUACAUACAUUAUUAUUGAUUAUUAUCGACAAGCAAAUCAUAAUUCAAGGAGUGAACCGGCAAUGCAAUAAAUAGCUGUUGCAAAUGUUUUUAUAUUCUCCUGUUGAUGAGAUAUCAUAUUUGUUUACAACAUACAUUCUACUGUUUGCAAAUAUUCAUGACCUUGAAUCAAGCUCACAAAUUCAUAUGCAUAGGCUCUCAAUUUUUAUUUUUUAUUGUCAUAUGUUUAAAUCUAAGACCUUAAAAUAUAUUAAUAACAACAACCAAUAGUGAUGUCUUGCUAAAGUUCAGAACCUCAGAAGUUAAUUUGGAGCAAUAGAUGUUGCAUUGUUGAUAUUAUGCACCAGACCAAAACAAGUUCAACCUAGAUACACCAAACCUUUGGAACUGGUUGAUACAAAAAUCAGUUACCAGUAAGAUGGCUUAUAGAGUAGUGCUUGGCCCAUGUAUUGCAAGCUAAGGGCUGAGAUAUUGAGAUUCAUGGAGUUUGCAAGUGCAGACUGUUAGUACACUCAGUCAGCAAAAAGGGUAAAAGAGGUUGCUGGCAGCUGAUGAAGAGGCUAAAAAUAACAUUAUUAAGGAGAUAAACAUCUUGAAGAAAAUAUCUGGCCAUCCUAAUAUCAUACAGUAUUUAUCAGCAUCUUACAUUGAUAAGUCACAAACAACUCAUAGCCAGUCUGAAUUCCUUUUAGUAACGGAAUUGUGUCCAGGAGGUUCUUUGGUUGACAUUCUACAAGCUCGCACCGCUCCUCUAGAUGCUGAUUCAAUCACUCGAAUUUUCUAUCAAACAUGCAGGGCAGUAUCUCACAUGCAUUCUCAAAACCCUCCAAUAAUUCACAGAGAUUUGAAGAUUGAGAACUUGCUGAUAAGCGCAGAAUCCAGUAUCAAGCUGUGUGAUUUUGGCUCAGCUACAACUGAUAUAUAUACUCCAGAUACCACAUGGUCUGCCAAUCAACACACCUCCUUAGAGGAAAAUAUGGCGCGAUUCACAACGCCAAUGUACAGAGCUCCAGAAAUGGUUGAAACUUGGAAUAACCAUUAUGUUGGACCACCUGUGGAUGUAUGGGCGCUAGGAUGUAUCUUGUAUACACUUUGUUUUAUGAAACAUCCAUUUGAAGAUAGCGCAAAACUGAGAAUUAUAAAUGCAAACUACACACUUCCUGCUGAUUCAAGAUACAACUGUUUUCAUGAUAUCAUCAGAGGAUGUCUUCAAGCCAAUCCAAAUCACCGUCUCACCAUAUCCGGCGUGUUGGAGAGGAUAGCUGCGGUAGCUGAAACUAGAGGCUAUAAUUUGAAGCAUCCCCUCGUCUUCCAACACAACAUACCUGAUACCGAUGUUGGACAGCGAAUGCCAGAAAGAAAUAGUAGUAACGUUUGUUCACAACCACCUCCGAGACCGAGUCCACCUGUGGCCAUCAGUGAAUCUAAACCGCAGGCUCCACAUAACGCACCUCCACGGCCUCCUUCGAGUCCUAGGAGGCCUUCACUCACAACUCCUCAGCAAAGACCGCAACCGGAUGUGAAACAAUCGGGCUUGUUCUCAUCUUUGAAAGGAGGAGCAGGAUAUUUAUUCAAGAAUCUGAAAGAUACUAGUACAAAAGUUAUGGCUACUGUUCAACAGAGUAUGGCCAGGACAGAUUUAGAUAUAUCAUAUAUCACAUCUCGUAUUAUAGUGAUACCUUUUCCUUCAGAGGGGUUUGAAUCUACCUAUAAAACUAAUCAUAUAGAAGACGUCAAGAUGUUCUUAGAUUCCCGGCAUCCCAAUUCCAGGUACUCAGUGUAUAAUUUAUCUAGAAGGCCCUACCACUCCCGAUUUGGUCAAGCCAGAGUGGUAGAUUGUUCAUUCGCUUAUCCUGAACACUUCAGAGCACCCUUACUCAAUUCUUUGUAUCAAAUAAGCGAAGAUAUUUAUCAAUAUUUGGCGGGUGAUAGCAGAAAUGUGGCUGUGAUACACUGCACGGAUGGUAAGGCGACUUCAGCAACAAUGGUAUGUGGGCUGUUGAUCUACGCAGGAGUUUUUCGAGUACCAGAAGAUGCUCUUCAGAUGUUCGCAGUAAAAAGGUGUCCGCCUAACAUGCGACCAUCUGAGCUUAGGUAUCUUUACUAUUUGGCAGAUAUUGUUUCUAACCCGCCAGUAUAUCCGCACUAUAAGUCUGUCACGUUGGUGUCAUUGCAAAUGCAGCCUGUACCACUCUUCACGAAAAUACGUGACGGAUGUCGGCCCUAUGUUGAAGUAUUUAGUGAGAACAAAUGCGUUUUAUCUACCUUACAAGACUAUGAAAGGAUGAGAUUAUAUAAUAUUGCAGAGGGAAAGUGCCUGCUUCCGAUCAACGUUUCAGUGUGCGGUGACGUCUGUAUAAUAAUAUAUCACGCUAGGAACGUUUUGGGAGGCGUUAUGAGCCAAGGGAAGGCUACCGGGAUCAAAAUAUGUCAGAUACAACUGCAUACUGGAUAUAUUCCUGAGGAGGAGACAUGUUUACGCUUCAAUAAAUCGGAACUAGAUGACUUAUCCGAAAGUUCGGAUCAUUAUCAAGAUAGAUUCUCCGUUAAUCUCAACGUUUUUGUGAUGGAUACGGAACGAAAGCCUUCACAACCGCCUCCAUGGACGACUGAUAAAACCAUUAGGUCCGUUGAUACAGUAUUCUCAACACAGCUGGAAAAAGAUGAAACUAUAGACAAUUUUGCAAGUACGAAACCUGUUCAGAAUCCACCCGAACCUAUACCUGUAGAAAGACCCAGACGACCCAGUCGUCCUGCUCCGCCAGUCAUUGCUCAACUGGAGCAUGAGGACUCUGACAGCGGUUCCGAAAAUGAAAUGCCAACUGCAGCUCCCGUCGCAUCAUCCCGAACACUCGAAGAAUCCGUAGACCUCCUAAACCUGAACUCGAUGCCUCCCGGAACGAACCAAGGCACAAGUGACGGGAAACCCUCACCAAGUACCAACUUUGAUUUGCUGAGUGGCCUGGGCGACUUCCGUGCGCCGAAUCCACCCGCCGGUCCCAAACCAGCUGCUGCGCCGAUGGCGAACACCUUCGAUCCGUUUGGGCCACUGGGCGGCAGUGAAGAUGGGGCUAGUCUAUUGGGCGGAUGGGCGGCGCCGAAACAGGCACAGCAGGAACAGCAGCCGCAGAAGGCGCAACAGAGUACGGAUCCGUUUGCCGAUUUGGGGAGCCUGGGAAGCAGUAGCAGUAGUCAGAAUCUAAAUAGCAGCAUUCCGAAAACUUCUACGACUUUCCCUUCUGGUUCUCAAUCGCCAAAUAAUAGGGAAGGACCACCAACAACUCCAAUACAUGGUCCUACCACCCCGAAACAUCAGGCCAAGUCACCAUCCUCAGGACCCGAUUACAGUAGAUCUCAUUUCGAUGCAGUUAACAGGCCUCAAACGAACAAUUCAACCGCGCAACAAUCGAAACCGAAGUCGGAUGACGUAUUCGGUGAUCUCCUCGGCCAGCAGGGCUACACCUUCACCGGAAAGAAAGACAAUCUCCCUAGAAGUAUCAACGAAAUGCGGAAAGAGGAGAUGUCCACCUACAUGGAUCCGGAGACGAUGAAAGUCAUGGAAUGGAGAGAGGGAAAGAAGAACAACAUUCGUGCCCUUCUUUGUUCCAUGCAUACUGUUUUAUGGGAAGGAGGGAAGUGGCAGAAAUGCGAAAUGCAUCAGUUGGUCACGGCAGCUGAUGUUAAGAAAGCUUAUAGGAAGGCUUGUUUGGCUGUUCAUCCUGAUAAGCAAGUGGGAACUGAAAACGAGAAUCUUGCCAAGCUGAUCUUCAUGGAGCUGAACAAUGCAUGGAGCGACUUCGAGAACGAUGCUAGUCAACAGAACAUGUUCGCAAGUUAGAUAGUGUUGUUGUGACUCAUAGCAUCAAAUUUGCUUUAAGAAUCGUGAUCAUUCCAUAUUAUCUAUUUAUUCAAGUUUAAACGAUUUACUUGUUAAUGUUCUCAAAGCAGUGAAAUAUAUGUAAAAAAAUAUCGUCUGAAGAUUUUUGGAACAUGUAAAAGCAAUUGUAAUAUGGACAAUAUUUUCAUAUAGAUAUGAGCUUAUUAUGCGUUAGUUGACGAUUGUUUGUUUAUUUUUAUAUUGUAACUUCUUUUUUCGUGUAGCACAUUCGUUGAACCAAAUAUAUUUAUUUUUCCUAUUAUACAUAUUGCUUAGAUAAAUGCGAUAUGCUAGGAUUAAAUCGUUC